GAGAAUCCUUUCUCAAAUAAAACAUGGGACACUUGUGCCGUUGUUGGGAACGGUGGGAUCCUGACCAACAGCAGCUGUGGAAAAGUGAUCGACUCGGCUCAGUUUGUCAUGAGGUGCAACCUCCCUCCUUUGGAAAACGAAUAUGAGAAACAUGUUGGCAUCAAGACCGACUUUGUGACAGCAAACCCGAGCAUCUUUGUACAAAAGUACGGGGCUCUGAUGGAAAGCCGCCGUCCAUUUGUGGAGAGUCUGCACACCUAUGGAAACUCCCUUCUGCUCCUUCCUUCCUUCUCCUAUACCUUAAACACUCCUGUGACUCUGCGGGUCUUCUACACCAUCAAGGACUUUGACAGCCCCAUCAGACCUGUCUUCUUAAACCCUGAAUACUUUCAGAGUCUGAACCUGUUCUGGAGCUCUCAGGGGAUAAACGGAGUGCGGCUCAGCACUGGCUUCACCAUGGUCAGCCUGGCGCUGGAGCUCUGCAACAAUGUUCAUCUGUACGGAUUCUGGCCCUUCAGUAAGCACCCAUAUGAUCUCCACCACCUCACCAAUCACUACUACGACAACAGACAACCUUCAAAAUUAAUCCACGCUAUGCCGACUGAGUUUGAGCUCCUGUUGCAGCUGCACAGUCAGGGCAUUCUCAGGCUGCACCUGGGAGACUGCCAACCAAUUUGA